GCCCACCACGGUUCCGGCUCGGGCUGGGGAGGCCGCCUUCGCGCUCGCCGGGUCUGGGGUCCUCUACGGACCCUGUCAGCCGGGACUUGUCUAUUUCCGAACUCCGAGCGGGGCGCGCUCGGGCGGCCCACCCCGCGUCGCAUCCUGGACCGCGUCCUGCCCCGACAGCUGAUGAGGUGGCGGCGGAGCCUCGCGAGGACCGCCUCGGGCCUCACGCCGGUCUCCCCGCCUGAAAAACUCGGAUCCCAGCGCAUCCCAGCGGAGCUUGCGAAGCGGGAAAGAGCCCCGAUUUAUGUUUACGAAUUUAGCCCUCUCGGCUUUCGCGGUUAGAAUAGAGGGUUCAUCCCAGGUUCUGGCUCUUGAUUGCUGACUUCAGGGACAGGUGGUCUUCCUCAGAACUUGCGUCGUCUGGUUUUACUCAGAGGGACGCUAAGCCGUUCCCAAGUUGGAAGACAGCUGCCGUCUACCCUCUUGCACCCUUCUUUUGGGUUCAUGCUUCCAGGAUCCUACACCUGGUCCUUACGUGGCCUUCCACUUAAGGCCACUCAUUCUGGUAUGCAAAGAAGCCUUUUCACACAGAUGUCUUUAGAGAUAAUAUGGAUCAGUCUGGAGUUCUCCUCUGGGUGAAAGCAGAACCCUUUAUAGUGGGUGCCUUACAGGUCCCCCCUCCGUCCAAGUUCAGUCUUCACUAUCUCAGGAAGAUAUCCACCUAUGUGCGAACCCGGGCCACAGAGGGUGGUUACCCACGCCUGUCCUGGUCUACGUGGAGGCACAUUGCAUGUGGGAAGCUGCAGUUGGCUAAGGAUCUGGCAUGGCUUUACUUUGAAAUAUUUGAUAGUCUUGCAGUGAAGACACCGCAGGAGCGCCUGGAAUGGUCUGAGAUUCUGUCCAACUGCAUGUCCGAGGAUGAAGUCGAAAAGCAAAGAAAUCAGCUUUCAGUGGACACCCUACAGUUUCUGCUCUUCUUAUAUAUACAGCAAUUAAACAAGGUCUCCCUGAGGACAUCUUUGAUUGGAGAAGAGUGGCCUAGUCCCAGACACAGAUCUCAGUCUCCUGACCUGACUGAAAAAUCUAAUUGUCAUAAUAAGAACUGGAAUGAUUACAGUCACCAAGCUUUUGUCUGUGAUCAUCUGUCAGAUCUCCUUGAGCUGCUUUUAGAUCCAGAACAACUCACUGCAUCAUUUCACUCGACCCAUAGUAGUCUAGUCUCUCGAGAAGCUGUUGUAGCACUCAGCUUUCUUAUUGAAGGUACAGUGAGCGGAGCCAGGAAGACAUAUCCACUUUAUGAACUUGCACUGUGGCAACCACUGCAUGCAGAAAGUGGCUUCUCAAAGACCUCCAAGGCCUUUUCUUUCUACAAGCUGGAAGCCUGGUUGAGAGCCUGUUUGACUGGGAAUCCAUUUGGUACAUCUGCUUGCCUCAAGUCUGGGAAAAAAUUGGCUUGGGCUCACCAAGUUGAAGGGACGACCAGAAGAGCUAGGAUUGCUUGUAAUACUCAUGUGGCCCCUAGGAUGCACCGCAUGGUGGUGAUGAGCCAGGUGUACAAGCAGACAUUGGCCAAGAGCUCAGAUACCCUGGUGGGGGCACAUGUAAAGAUCCAUCGUUGCAACGAGUCUUUUAUUUAUCUGCUCUCUCCCUUACGAUCUGUGACAAUUGAGAAGUGCAGGAAUAGCACCUUUGUCCUGGGCCCUGUGCAGACUGCUCUUCACCUCCACAGCUGUGACAACGUGAAGGUCAUUGCUGUUUGCCAUCGUCUGUCCAUCUUGUCUACGAUAGGUUGCAUCUUUCACAUUCUGACGCCCACACGCCCACUUAUUCUCUCUGGGAACCAGAGAGUAACUUUUGCCCCCUUUCAUACCCAUUACCCAAUGCUGGAGGAUCACAUGGCCAGGACCGGCCUUGCUACAGUGCCUAACUAUUGGGAUAAUCCCAUGAUUGUGUGCAGAGAGAACAGCGGCACAAGUGUUUUCCGACUCUUACCACCGUCUGAAUUCUAUGUGUUUAUUAUUCCCUUUGAAAUGGAAGGGGACACAACAGAGAUACCUGGGGAGCUUCCGUCUGCAUAUCAGAAAGCACUGGACCAAAGAGAAAAAAAGAUACAGAUCUGGCAGAAAACUGUGAAGGAGGCUCGUUUGACAAAGGCCCUGGAAGCAUGACGAUGAAUGGAUGGAACGUGGUGCACAUGUUAAAACUAAACUGGGAAGGUGCUCUUGCUGCUUAUGAGACUUUGGGGAGUUUUCUUCCUAUUUAAGACCUUUCCUUAAGUUCGCUUCCAAUGUCAUUUGCUACUGUUUACAUUGAAUUUCAGCUAAACUUCUAUUAUAUAAACAUAUUGUUUAUAGACAUCAGAAAGCUCAUUUUGUGAUGCUAAAAUGAAAAAGUUGAUGAAGGCAUUGUAUAUACGUUAAUAUUAAAGUGAUUGAGUAUAGAUUUACAAGUAAACUUUACAUUUUAAUUUGUAUAAUGAAAGGGUUUCAUCCUUUCUAGAGUUAAAUAAGAGUUUUAUAGUUCUUUAUAACUAUUUAAAAGGAAAUUGCUACUCCUUUUGAAAAAGAAUUGGAAUGAAAGUAUGAUUUGUUGGAGUAUAAAUAUAGAAGAAAAGGUUUUAUACAAAGAUAUUUUAGUCCUUGAAGUAUGCAACAGUGAAAUUGUGUAAAAUCUUUAUUUUUCAUUUCAUUUUCUUCUUCAAAUUUUCAAUAAACAAACACUAAAAAGUAAUUUUCUCCUUUUAAUAAAAAGAGAAAAAAGCUUUACUUUUAAUUUUAGAAAAGAUUUCCAAUGUCAUUCUGUGAUGUAUCAAAAUAAAGUUUACAUUUGUUGGGAAAGCUAUGUUCUUUAAGAUAAAGGAAAACAAUCACUAGUUUAAUAAAUGAAUCUGAUUGCUGAUAAAAAUUGUUUCACAUUUAAUUAAUAAUUAAGUGUGCUCUUUGGCCAUUUAAUUAGUAAUUAUAUUUAAAAGGGCUUGAUCUCUUAUUUCUAAAAUAAAAACCCUCAGAAUGUGUUUUAAUUAUAAUUGGAGUUUUUAUAGUUUUUAUUUUAAGAUGAAAUUCAAGCAAGGAGAGCAUUACCAAAUAAAGAAACACUGGAGUAACAGAAGUGUGUUUUGGAAAUUGCUAUUGUUUAAUGAAAUUAAUGGUAUACAUUAAAUACUUUCUUUAAAAGUUUUAUAAAGUUCAGAAAACUAAGCAUGUAACUUAAUAUUUUGUAACUAAACAGUCUUCAUGUCAAGGCAUAUUUGUCUUUUUCUGAACUCACCAUAAUGUAUUUUAGGGGCAUCCUAUUUAUAAAAAUAUUUGCUGGAGGCUUUGUUAGUGGAAAGAUGAGGAAGUCAGACUUUUGAGAAGAAUAUAUUUGACUAGGAAAGUUAAAAUGAAGAAGAGUUAAUUUGUUGUUUCUUUGAGUUUAAGUGAGAUGUAAUCUCAUUCCUAAAAUCAGAGGUAUAUUAAGCACCAAAAAUUGUUCUCUACACAGAUUCCAAUAUGAUAUCAUGGCAGAGAAAUGCCACCAAGUUGGGGUUAGCUAAACCUUUGCAAAUUCAGGAUUUCCACAGUAACUGUCUCUCGGGCUACACACUAUAGCACACUUUCUUGUGGACUAGAACUUUUGUAUGUGUGUGUUUUGAAAAAACUUCCAAGUUAAAGAACAAUUGCAGGAAUGUGAAUUCCCACGUGCCUUUUGGCUAUAUUCACCAAUUGUUAACAGUUUGCCACAUUCACUUUACCACUUUACCUCUAUAUAGUGUUACUGUUUUAUUUUUGCUCAAUGAUUUAAGGGUAGGUUUCGGACAUCUGGGACCUUAAGUCCUAAAUACUAAUGUAAUUAGCAUGUAUUUCCUAAAACCAGACAUUCUCUUACAUAGUCAUAGUACACAUGAUUAAAUUCAGGAAGUUUAACAAUGGCACAAUAGUAGUACCUAAUAUAGAGUCUAUAUUAAAAUGUUCUAAUUAUCCCCAAAAUGUCACUUGUGUUGACUUGUUUUCCACACACAAG